AUGGCUACUCUCGAGUUGCAGAGGCCUCAGCCUCAGCGCACCGCUCCUAUCCUUGCGCAUCGUUCGCCUUCGCUCUCCAGCGCUCCACCCACCCCUUGCUCCCCCACCAUCAUCCGCACCCCGGACUUCAUCCUCCUCCCCUCGGUGCCAACACACGAACCAGAGGACAACCUGCCAAGCCCCAUGGCUUUGCAGCACCAGUUCGCCAUCGCCGCUCACAACGACGCACAAGCAAGACGCAGCCGCCAAAACUCCAGGAUUCGCAACCACUCUGCAGCUUCAGACGAACCGCGCACCGCCGCAACAAGCUCGCUCAGCGAUUUCUCCCAACGCAGCUCUGGCAGCAGCAGCAACAAUAGCCAUAUGCUCCACGAUCAGGACGAGCUCGAGGAGAUCGUCGAACUCGACAGCUGCUACGAUUGGGACCCCGCUGAAUCGCACGAUGCGCUUCGAGACAUUCGCAACCAGCAGCUCGACUCACUCCAGACCAUCGUCCAUUCGGUCGCAGAAACUCACUUCCAACAGCCCUCUUCUUCCUCCGCACCCGACUCGGAUGUGACCCAGAUUCUCGACGACCUCUUUGCAUCACUCCGUCGCAUCGGUGGCCACAAUGCCCCUCUCUCUCCCACCUUUGCGCGCUCAGCUGCCCCGGGUGUCAACCAGAUUACCGAUGUCGACCGCCUCGCGCUGCUCGUGGACAGGCUCAGUCUUGCAUAUAGAGACAUUCAGGACGCUCACCAAGCCGAUUUGCUCGCCGCCCUCAACACCCUCGCACAGAGCCUUAUCGCUUCCGAACGUCGUCUCGCCCGUGCUGCACUCGAAAGCCCUCCGCGAACGCCCAGGGCCCUCGCCGCUGCACGUCGUCGCCGCUCGGCCCACUCACCCCAGUCGAGUGCUCUCUUUUCCGGAUCCCGCGACUCGUUCAGCUCGAUUCGAUCCUACGCCACCCUUUCCACAUCCUCGGAUGAAGCUGUCCCCACACCAAGUAGCGACGCCAUGCUGCAGCAGAAGAAGAUCGGCGCACACCCCCGCUCAGCAUCAUCCCCAGCGGCCAACUCGAAGACACUCGAUCUGCCCUCCCAGCAAGCUGUCUCGCUUUCGGCUGUGCCUGAGCAGCAGCACAUUGACGGCCCCACCUUCGACAUGACUACGGUUCGAACGGCGCCCAGCUCGCGCCCGUCUGCCAGCACUUUCCCCUUUUCGCUAGAAACCCUCUACGCACACCAGGCCUCUGCUCUCGGCUUGAUGCACCCUCAGUCGCCUCGUUCCGAUCAGGCCUCGCGGGCUGCCUCCGUAGGUGAAAGGUCCGAAUCCACCGCCUUGCACAACCGCAAGCGCUAUUCCGUGCAGACCGACAGCGCCGCCAGCACUAUGCUCCCAAGCUACGACUCUGUUGGCAAGGCUUCCUCAGCAAAAGAGGACGGCCUGCCGCAGUACGAUCCAUCGCUCGCUGUUGCAGGCUUCUCGGCCGACGUCAAGAAGCCCGUCGAGGCGCCCACGCUUCUCGAGCGACGUCGCGCCAAGCUCGCUGCUCAGCACAGCGCCUACGCCGCCCGCACGCCCGAGGACCUCGCCAUGGUGCAAAGCUCGAUCGACCGCCUCUCGACCGUCAUGCCUCAGCUCGACAACCAGCGUGUCCUCUCGCCCGAGGAGCAGCGUGAAGCGCAGCUGCAGCACAUGAUCGGCCGCCUCGCCGAGUCGAGCUCCAAGCGUCUCAACGACCAGCGCAGCAACCCGCCCAGCUUCAGAGCUCAGCGCCCCGCACCCGUGCCUCGCAGCCCUUCCGAGUCUUCAGCGCCGGUUCUGCCACAACUCGGUGCGGUGAGCGAGCUGCCGCGCAAAGAGAUUCUCAACGAGCCAGAGACCAGCGUGCCCAAGACGCCCACCACGCCCGUCUCGGUGCACAGCGCUUCGUCUUCGCGCCGCAGCUCGCUUCUCCCGAGUGCCUUCGCACGCAAGAUCUCGAUCUCGAGCAUCAGCAAUGCGCUGCGUCGUGCUUCCAUCUACGACACCACCAAGGUCAAGCCCAAGGAGCCCAAGGAGGUGACUGCUGCGCACACCGAACAGGUUGCAGCUGCUCCCGUCAGCGCAGGCAACGACAGGACCAUUCGCCGUGGUGAUGCUGCAACUACUCAAGACUCGCGCUCCAAGUCGGAUAUUGCUGAUGGACUUGCCAGCUUUUUCAACGAUGGCAAGUCGCGCAAGGGCAGCGUCCCAGAGACGAGCAAGGCUGCCACGCGUGCUGCGCAGAGCUUCCGCGCGAUUGACUUUGCUGACGAUACGCCGCGCGGACGCGAUGCGAGUCUCAUACCCCCAGCUAGCGUCGAAGAGGAGGACGACAGCAUACUCGACGACUACAGCUUUGCUACUAUCGACACCACCACAUCCAACCACCGGUUGUCGCUGUUGCCCGAGCCGCCCCGCAGCCCGGCGAGCUGGGCCAGCAGCUUGGGGAGCCGCGAGUCGUCGCGUCGCAGCUCUCAACUCACUACGUCGAUUCCAGCGACGCCGACGUGGCCCAAGUCGCCGUUGACGCCCAUCUCGCCCGUCGCUCCCAGGAGGAGUCCGACGGCGGUCUCGAAACCGACGGUUACCUUUGCAGCCGACACGCUCCGGCCUACGCGCGAGGGGAGAGCGAUGGCAACUGAAUCGCAGCUCCGCGAGAAUGGCGCUUCACAUCUUCGUCCGAGUAAGUCUCCCCCCGCUCCCGUGAUGCCGUCUUUGCUUCCUGACCCACCUUGUGAGCCUGCCUGUGCUUCUGUUGUCGCUGCUGCUGCUGCGUCCGACAACGACCUUGUCGUGUACGCUUUGUUGGGCAUAUCGUCGACCGCAAAGACCAACGCCGCUGACCAUCUUGUGCGUUCUGCCACCUCUUCGCCUCCUCAGUCUGAUCUCAACGGCAAGGUGGUCCUCGAUUACUUGGUCGAAGCGCAACAUUCGCUGGGCAGUGUUUCAGUGAUGAUGUGGACGGAGACGUCGGCGGUGGUGGAGUUCAAGGAGGAGGAAGAAGAGGUGGUGGAGUUGAAGUACGAGGUUGUUGGCGGUGACGAGGAUGGCGGGAGAAUUUUGGACGUUGUGGCCGUGGAUGGGAAUACUGUGUUGACCAUUGCGCGUGCGCCGUGUGAAAGCGAUCGAGGUGAGGAUGAGCGAUGUCGCAGCGACAGCAGCAGCGGCAGCGGUGAGCAGAGAGGCAUCAAGCGCAAGCAAGCCGGUCAUCACGUGAGCGAGGCGCAAGGUGUGAGGGUGACCCUCCCCGCCGCUGCUCAGGUCCCGCAGUCGGGCCGCGUGCAGCUCCGGUUGCGCAAACCAAGCACCAGCACCAGCGCCAGUGGAGCAGUGUGCCGCUUCAAGUUGGAAAUGACGGAUGCGGAGCGUCAGGCAGGCAAGGAGCUGGCGAGGGGAGAGGGGAUGGUUGUGUUUCCGCUCGAUGCUGCCGUGUUCAACGCGUCCGCUGCUUUGCUCACUACCUCUGGUGACACCCUCCACGCCAAAGAGGCUGAUGCUAUAGCCGCGCUCGCAUGCGCUGUCUGUGCCAAGCACGUGGGGUCUUCCGCCGACGAGGUGCGGGCCAUCAUUAAAGUGGCAAGAGCAGAUGGGAUGCAGUGGCGCGCCUUACCCUCGGAAGGGUGGGAGGAGCUGGUGGACGCGUGGAUGUGUCAUGCGGACCAGGAGCUGAAUCGGUCGCUGACCGAGACGGCGGUUAGGUUUGCUGGCAGGGUCCACGCUGGAGCGAGUGGCGGCGAGAGCGAGGAAGAAGUGGAGCAGACGGUGUGGGUUGGGGAUACGUACUUUUUGGUGCCGCGGGGAGUGCUCGAGUCCGAGACGGUGGUGUUCGAGCAGCGUGAGCAUCUGGAGGCUGGUGCACAGCAGACAGUCCUGCGCUGCGCAACGUGCCGCAGUGCGCUCGGCGAGGUGUCGUCGGCAGCGCCGUCGGCUGGUGGUGCUACCACAGCCAAGCUGAGCAAAUACAUGCUCGAGCCGCUUUUCCACGAGUCUUUGAUGACCUCGACGAAUACCUGGGUGGAAACGCUGCUAGCAGCGCUCCAGUACUCGGCGGCAUCCCACGGGUCCCGCCGAUUCCUCAUCCAGCCUUCAUCCCCCUCCACCAUCGACCAGGGCAUCGAAGCAUGGCUCUUCUCCCGCGCCCUCUUCACCACCUCGCUCACACGGCACUGGUCCACCCUCACAGCCCAUUAUCAGCCGCAGCCGCGCGACUCGGUGUGGAGAGGCCACCGACUGUUCUACCGCACGCCGCCGCCCACGCGCGGACCAGCCUCGCCCGAAACCGAGGCGAUGGAAACCAUCGAGCUGCCUGGACCCGUCUACGGAUGGAUGCUCGAGGCGAUGGAAGAGUGCCAUGCAUCCUUGCCACCAGAGUUGGGCAAGGUGCUGCCACUGUGGAAUACGGCAUAUCUCGCCAAGGAGCAGUGA